UAGAGAAAACACUCGCGCAGUUAUUCUCCCCUUCGUUUUAGAAAGAAAGUGAAGCCCGUAAAUGGAAGGCGUAUCAUACCAGAGAUUCCCAAAGAUCAAAAUCCGGGAGGUUAGGGAUGAUUUCAUGAAAUUCGAGCUGCGGGAGACGGACUCAAGUAUCGCCAACGCGCUACGGCGCGUGAUGAUUGCGGAGGUGCCGACAAUCGCUAUCGAUUUGGUGGAAAUCGAGGUGAAUUCCUCAGUGCUUAACGACGAAUUUAUUGCCCACCGCCUAGGGCUCAUUCCGCUUACCAGUGAGCGCGCCAUGGGGAUGAGGUUUUCACGUGACUGUGAUGCCUGUGAUGGAGAUGGUCAAUGUGAGUACUGCUCUGUGGAGUUUCAUCUGAGGGCAAAGUGUAUUAAUGAUCAGACACUUGAUGUCACUUCUAAGGAUUUGUAUAGCUCUGACCACACGGUUGUUCCUGUUGAUUUUUCGGAUUCGUCUUCUGGCUUUGACAACUCGGAGAAUAAGGGAAUCAUAAUUGUGAAGCUACGCCGCGGUCAGGAGCUGAUUCUAAGAGCCAUAGCUAGGAAGGGAAUUGGUAAAGAUCAUGCUAAAUGGUCACCUGCAGCAACCGUCACUUUCAUGUAUGAACCAGACAUUUAUAUCAAUGAAGAGUUAAUGGAGAGCUUGACUCCUGAUGAGAAAAGGGAGUUUGUUGAAAGCAGUCCUACCCCAGUGUUCAAAUUUGAUGAGAAUACGAAUCAGGUUCUGAUUCAUGAUGCCGAGGCAUAUACAUAUGAUGAAGAGGUGAUUAAGAAAGCUGAAUCAAUGGGCAAACCAGGCCUCGUGGAAAUCCGUGCAAAGGAAGAUUGUUUUAUUUUUACAGUUGAGUCUACCGGCGCUAUCAAAGCUUCUCAAUUGGUUCUCAAUGCAAUAGACGUGCUGAAGCAGAAGUUGGAUGCAGUUCGCUUGUCAGCUGAUACUGUGGAAGCUGAUGAACAGUUCGGAGAAUUGGGUGCACACAUGCGUGGGGGAUGAUUACUGAGACCAGAUCAAAUUUUACUUUAGAACUUAUUAUGGCUAUGAAUGAUCAUCUUUUUAUGUAAUUAGUUCAAGUUUCCAUGGACAACUGAAUUAUUUUGCUAAUGCAAAUGCAAAAUGCUUGUGUAAGAGGUGAACUUAUUCUAGAAUAGCUUGAUCCAUGUAACGUCCUGAAAGUAAUGUGCUCUCUCUCACUUGACGUCUAUUUAGGUAUUAUUGACGGAUAAUCGGGUUAUGAGCCGUUUUCAGAAUGCUAGAUAUGUUGUAGUUCUUCUCCA